AAAAUGGCGGCAAGCCUGCUGGAGAACAACCUGCGGUCUCUCCACAAGUGCCUGAAAGCCGGUGAUGCCUCGGCAGUGGAGCAGAGCAAUGGAAUCAUCUCAGACAUCAGUCAAUUAUGUCUUCACGAAAUCGACGAUAAAGAGAUUGAUCUCUGCUGUUCAGCAUUGUUUGACAAAGACAAGGGAAUCAUAACGUUUCUGAACAAGACAGUCAACAAAGAUGAGUUCCUUGGCUGUAAACAAAAGCUACUGGAGCUGUUGUCUGGAUUUAUACAAAAGGUUGAGAAGAAAAUCCUGCCUUACACAGUGGACAUAAAGGAUGUGUGUGUCUCCUUAUUUUUCCGUGACCGGUUUGCCAAAGUCAAGAACGGAGCUGUUCCUGUUUUGGCUAAGUUGUUGGAGCUGACAGCUGGGACCAACAUUGGAAAGGACCUCAACAUCCCAAAACUGAUUGAAAAAUUUUUCAUGGAGCUCACUAAAGGGUCAAAGGUGUCUUCCACAGUGAAAGAGAACAUAUUCGUGCUGCUAGGGGUUGUGGCUGAGGUGUACCCAGAACACAUGACUAGCUAUGCUGAGAGAUUCACAGGGCUGUGUGUAACAUCACUAAAAACUGAGAUGACUGCAAAAACAAGGAAGGCAGAGUUGUCCAUCAUAGCGGGCAGUCUAGCUGGUCUGACUUCCUGUCUGGUCAACUUCACCCAGUCUGCUGAUGACAGGUCCAAACAGUCGUACGAGAUAUUUAAAUAUGCUCGGAUGGCCAUAGAUCCAAAGGUAGACUACACCCGUUACCAAGUGCCUAGUGCUGGUCUCAAGUUGUUUACUAAGCAUGCCGCACAGUUCAGCCUGUAUCUCAUUGAGGACUACCAGGGGAUGUAUGAUAAGCUGCGUCACUGGAGUCACCACCACAACCGUGACAUGCUACACUUGGGAAUGUCCGCCAUGGAGGCUUUCUUGGGACAGGUAUCAGAGAUGCUGGUGACCAGAGCUGAGGAAGGUCACAAGGAGGGAGCUGUCUUCAAGUUCUUCAUACAGGAGUUCCGGACAUUAAUGAAUGACACCUCAACUAGUGCCAAGGAAGUGUCCUUGGCCAUACGGGGCUACGGGCUUCUGGCUGCUCCAUGCAAGACAUUCCUUAAGCAAGCAGAUGUACAGUUCAUGUUCAGCGAGAUGAUGUCGAAAAGUGAACAGCAGUUUCUCAGUCAAGAUGAAAACCUGGAGGAGAGGCUGUUUAAUUUGCCUAGUUAUCUGGAGGCCCUUGGUAACAUCAUCAAACAGCUGGAUGAGAUUUCAGAGACCUAUGCCAUUUCUCUGGAACGACUGUUGGUGCUGUUGAUUGAGAAGCUACCUUCCCUACCACAGACUCUCUCCUUUAUCUGUCUGAAGUCCAUACUCUGGCUGCUCCUGGCCGUGAUGCCUAAGGGAACAACUUUCCAGCAAAUAAUGUCGGGUGUAGUAUUCCAGGGCCUGAUCAGGACCUGCUCACACCCUCCUGUGGUAGAACUUGAGCAGACUGAAGAAUCUACCAAUCCACAGCCAGAGGGAGUCAUGGUGAGGAAGAUCACAUAUAAGGACUACAUAUCAUUGUGGACAGGCCUCUUGAACAGUGCCAGGAUCAAGGAUUUCUCCGUUGCUGACAUAAGUCUAGAUGUAAGACACCGCCUCACAGAGGUUCUGUAUGAUGAACUGAUCGCAUGUGUAUUAAAGAUUCUGUGCAAGCUUGAUCUCACUUCAACCUCAACAUCUGAGCUCUCCUCACAGUCUGACCAAAACAGCAAGGCAGGGGCUAGCGGUGAGGGGCUGGAGGAGGGAGGGGUCACUGGUGACCCCACUCAGGGCAUACAACCUAACAGGCCGAAAGAUCACCAAGUCUUUAUCAACCUUGUUGACUUCUGCAGAGACCUGCUGCCAACUGUCCACUUUGAACUGUUUGAGAAGUGGAUGUUUACAUUCUGUCACAAAGUCAUUCUUUGUUCAACUGAUAACCCUUUGGUCAGUGGAUUCUACAAACUCCUUGCUAUGAGUAUGAAAAUUUCAAACAAGCUCAACUUUUUCAAGGUAAUGUUGUAUCUUGAUGUCAUGGGUACCGGUUCCCCUAACAAGUCAGCUGACUUUAUGGAUGUUGACCAGCAGGUGAUUGCAGGGACACAACAGCGUGACAGCUCUUACCUACUCAUGAAAAAAUUCUCUAAAGAGGUUCUAGUGAGGAUGAAGCAGUACAAGGAUGACCUUCUUGCUUCAUGUCUGACCUUCAUCCUGGCCCUUCCCAAGGAGAUCGUUGCACAGCAGAUGGUGGAGGUGGUACCAGUCAUACAGAUAACACUGAAGAUGGGUCUUAGUUAUCUGCCCUUGGCCAAGGUGGCACUGGAUGCUCUAGAGUAUUGGUCAGACACAUUGCCCGCCUCUGUCAUACAGCCUCACUACUCCCAAAUACUGCCUUAUCUCGACACCUACCUCAAAACAGCAGACAAAGGGGCAGAGGAAGUGUCGGUGGAUGGUACAGUAAACAUGACCAAGAGCAAGACAGGACGGGGCAGGAGGAAGUUAGCCGUCCGGAUGGUCAGAGGUCCCAAAAAGGAUCAGCUAAAAAAGGGUUACGAGUCAGAGCUGUCCCAAGUGAAGCUACGUGUGAUGCGGUACCUAGGGGGCCUAGGGGGCAGUCAGAACCAUGCCAUGCUGGCGGACAAUGAGGCAGAGGUCAGCAGGCAGGCCAUUGCAUGGGACACACAUCGCCACCUUAAGUUUGACAUGCCCUUCAUCGACAUGAAACCCACCAUCUAUUUGGAUCCGUUCCUGCCGCACGUUGUUAUGUUAGCCACCAAGUCGAGUGACCGCCAGACGAAGGUGGCUGCGUGUGAGCUACUUCACUCUCUGGUACUGUUCUCUUUGGGGCGGGGAGCCACUCAGCCCGGGGAGGCGGCCAAGCGAUGCUCCAUGGCCCCUUUGUACAAAAAGCUGUUUCCCGUGCUCCUACAACUGGCCUGUGAUGUAGAACUGGUUGCUAAGCAACUGUUUGAGCCUUUGACAAUGCAGAUCAUCCAUUGGUUCACGGGAAGCAAGAAGGCCGAGAGCGUGGAAACGAUGUCCCUACUGGACGCCAUCUUUGAUGGUAUCAUUCAGCCAACAGAUACCAGCCUAAGAGAUUUCUGUGCUACUUGCCUUCGAGAAUUUAUGAAGUGGUCCGUCAAGCACACAUCCAAAAAAAUGGAGACAAGCCCUAUCAACGCCAAGUCAGUGUUAAAGAGACUCUUUACUUAUGCUCUACAUCCCAGUGCAUUCAAGAGACUUGGUGCAGCUCUAGCAUUCAACAAUAUAUACACUGUGUUCAGGGAAGACAAUACUUUGGUGGAUACUUUCACCUUCCAGACCCUCGUUCACUUUGUUGAGAGUCUGGCCAUAGCACAUAAGGACGAAAAAUCAUUAGGCACACAAGAACAAGCUUGUAAGGCCCUGGAACACUUAGAAAAGAUCAUUUGUAAAAAGGCAGACAUCUUACGGAAAGAAAGUAAACUGCGGACAGAGCCCAGUCAGUGGAGUAAGAUCACUAUAGAUAUCUGUGUACGAUGGUUUAUGCGUCAGUGUGGCCGACCUCAGACAGAGUGCCGACACAUGUGUAUGAAACUCCUACACAAGAUGACUCCACUCAUACAAGGUAUCAAGUCAACACAGAUGUAUUUCCAGGCAUUUUUGAAGAGUGAGAAACAGAAAUACUUCAUCACAAGGUUUGAAGGAGGAGGUCACACCAGCAACACUAAGGUGGGGUUAGUGGCGUGCCCUACCCUGAUGUCUGUCAGUGAUACCUUCUCUCUAUCCUCCACACUGACUUGGUUCGAUACACUCCUGGCUGCCCUCGACUGUUACACCACAGUGUUUGGGGAAAACUUGCUCACACCUGUGGAUGUGUUUGGAGGUGUUGGCAUGAACCAGACCAAUGUAUUUAAGGCAGCAACCUACUUUGUGGACAACAUAGCCUUGGCCGACAUUGAGACUGUUGCCAAUCUGUUCCCUAACCAGCCAGAGACAACCUUCUUCACUCCUCGGGAGAUAGAUGAAUUCAAUAGGGAAAAGUGUACAGUUGUAGUCCGGCUUCUGAACUUCCUGUCUGUGGUGGUUGCAACAUCUGGAGCGAAGGACCUGAAUAAGGCAGUACAUCCAGAGAUUUGGAGUGGUGCACUCUGGGAAAUGGUGUGUAUGUGUGUGGUGGAGCCUGGCUCUGUUGGCUUCAAUCUCGGUGAGGUAGAAGUGAUGAAAAAUCUACCAAGGGAGAUGGAACAGGUGAUGAUGGUGAUGUCAAAAAAGCUGCCAACCAAAUUAUUUGACAACAUGAAGCAUCAGUUUACUAAGACCCUGUCUGGGAGGAGGGAUCUAUCUGGCUACCUACCAUUGACCUUGAGUGACCUGAAACUGGACUCUAUCUACCUACAACAGUUACUGGGAGGAUACCACCAGCUCCACACCGCUGGCCUGAUGACAAGUGUCCACUUAGGGUCAGGGAAAGCCAGUGACUUGGCACAGAAACUAUUUGACAAUGUUUUCCAGGGUGUGGUGUGUAGGAAUGGUGGGGGUCUGGAGGCCAUAACACUAACACCAGUGGUUCACACUCUGAUGAAGGACAUGCUGGCUCUCAGUUUCCACCUGGGAUUACAGGGAAGUGUCCUUGUGGAGGCCAUACUUGACCAAACUUUGGUGAGUGGAUCUAGUAAGGGGUUGGAGCAGUGCCAUGGCGACCUGGUCUUCUCCAUGUUUAAGUCUGUGAUAGCAGGUCACAUGGCAGUAGAAUCAGAUAUGUGUGUCAAGUCAUUGGCAACUCGGGCAGGAGCAGAUGGUAGGAAGGUGAGCAGGAUCCUUGUUGCCAUGGUGGACCACGUCACUAGGGACAAAGCACUGAGGAAACGGAUAGGACAGAACAUAGUAAAGAGUGUACUGAUGCAGUGGAAGACGAUAGCUGGCUGGUGUGACAGCAAGUCCUCAAUUGACCUUCAGAGUAUGACCUUGCUGUUACUGACAAAGCUCCUUCUGAUUGACAGUAAGUUUGUGUCCACUCCGUCCUCGCCAUCAUUUGAGGAUGUGUUUGGUACGUACCUCCAAUGCCUGACAGAUACCAGGACCAAUCUCGCAUUCAAGUGCCGUGUGUUAGAUCUGCUACCAUUCUUCAUCAAUGUCCCGAAGCCCCACGUCACAAAACUCAAGACAAGUUUGGACAGACUUGUGGCUGAUAACUUCCCUUUGAAGAGUUCAGAAUUCCCCAAAGGCAGUUCCCAGUAUCGGGAUUAUAUAACAGCAUUAGACAAGAUUUUGAGUGGACUGGAACUUUCUGGCAGUCUCGUUCUCCUGGAGCUCCUGAUCAGCAUCACCUGCCGGGAACAGAAGCAUACCUAUGAAGAUACCAUCCAACAGUUUCUAAACAGAUUCACAAAAAGGCUUCCUGCAGACAAACAGAAGCUGGCAGUAGAUGUGGCCUACGGAGUGUUCAGUAAAGAGAGUUACCCUGCAGAGAUCCGUACGGCAACCCUACACAAGGUGGCCUUGCCUAUGCUACAUCUGUGUCACAAGUCUGCACUUAUAGAAUUCUAUCUGGAUCAUAUGAAGGAACUGAGGUCCAUAACCGAAGCCAAGCAGGUCAAGGGCCCGGGGUUGGAGAACCAGCUGGUGAGCAAGACUGGCUGUUUCCAGCUCAUAGACAUCAUGUACUCACACCUAGCUAAAGAGAAUGUCUCCAGCAAAAACUCAGUCCUUAACGAGAAGUUUUGUCAGAUCAAAAACGAACCAAUCAAAACAGGAUCAGAGAUGACUAGGGUGAUAAUGAAAAUUGGCCAUGCUGCCAAGGGAGAGGAUACCCGAGGGGAGACAACUCUGCUGAGCCUGCGACGCCUCCACCACUGUGCUGCCUAUAACAUGCUUAUUUCUGUGGUAUCUUGUACUCAGACGGAGGCCAAGUUUUAUCAGGUGUUCCUGUUUAAGGAGGACGAGACAAAGGGUGACUUUUUGCUGGAUAAUCUAAUUGAUAAGGAAAGGACAUACGAAUUCCCCACAGAAUUGACAUCUCCCAUGGAGAGAAAGAAGCAGUUUGUGUCGCUGCGUAAGGAGGUACAGGAACGGCAACAAGAGGAUGGCGUUACCAUGGAAACGGAGUAUUCUUCCUUCAACCUAGCCUCACAGUACCUGGCUGACAGCAGUCUCCAUGACGACGUCAGUCAGUAUGACUUCUCCACCGCAGGCACAUCACAGUUUUCACCUUCACCCUCGGACAAAGGGAAGACCCGCCUGGGACGGAUCUUCAGCUACAAUGAUCCAGAUGACGACACAGAGACCAAGGUUGUGGUACAGGAUGAUUAUGUAGAGCUGGAAAUGGACGAUCUCAACAAACACGAAUGUAUGGCCACCUUAAUAGCCCUGCUACAACACAUGGAGCGAGCUGGUGUUACACCUCCCGUCACUACAGGGACAGCAGCUACCAUGCCUGGAUGGAUGGAUUAUUUACACACCAAAAUAAAAAGUGCGAAAACGCAUGUCAAUGUCAAAUUGUUUAUUGCAAAGCUUGUCAGCAAUUGUACACAGAUUUUCCAGCCAUACGCACGGUACUGGCUGCGGCCGCUAAGCCAGCUGAUUCUGAGUGGUGCCUUGGGGAGCCAGGGGAUCAAUUACUUUGUAGUAGAUGUGGUGGUCACUAUGAUGUCCUGGCACAAGAUGGCUAUACCUCAGGACACUGCAGAGGAGCGUGCCAUGGCGACACGAGUUGUGGAUUACUUGACGGCCAACGUGUUCAGUGAAACACGGCCGGUGUUUAGGAACAACUUAGAGCUACUGAAAACUCUGCUACAGUGCUGGAGAGAUCGCCUGGAAGUACCUUACAAUGUGAUAUACAAGCUGAUGGUGGAGUCGCGCAGUGACCCCAAGUCACCCCGCCACAGCACUGGGAUUCAGAUAUUGGGCGUUGUCCUUGCUUGCAAGUUCCCACCCUAUGGUCCUGUGGCCCCAGUAGACCGGGAUAAAUUUUUCUCCACAGUAUCAAACUACCUGACCCAUCACUUGCGGUCUGUGUAUGCAGCUACGGCCGAGGUGGUCGGUAUGAUAUUCCAGUACCUGGCUGAGAAAGAGAAGGAAACUGACGGAGCAUUCUAUAACCAUGUGACUGGUCUGAUGAACUCAAUCCAUCUGUCUAAGCCAGAUAACUUUGUAAUAGGGGUCCAUCGACUUCAGCGACACUACCCUCCUGUGGCUGCCAAAUUCAUCAAUAAGGUACUGUUCAUGUUGCCAAAGAUGCAUGGGGAGUUCCGCAGCCUCAGUCUGGAGAUCAUACAUGGCUGUAUAGAGAGCAUUGAUAAUGUCUACAUGGAGCUGAAGUCGAAAGGUCUAAUAUCCUACCUCACUCACAGGGACGAGCAGACACAGCUGAUUGCUCUGAAGAUUGUAAAGGCAAUGAUGGUCAAACUGGAAGCUAAGGAGCUGAUGUCCUUGUUGCCACUUGUGACUGCCUUCUCCAGUCAUCCUAGUACAUCUUGUCGUACCAUUAUGUACGAUGUUCUCAUGUGGGUGUACGAUAACUAUAGGGGAGAUGACAACGAGGAUGCCCACAUAAUCAUUCAACAGACCAAGGAGGGGCUCCUGAGGGGACUCGGGGAUGAAGAUCUUCACUCCAGAUUGUUGAUCCAGAACUUCUGGAGCAGUGAGACACGUCUGCCUCCGGACACCUUGGACCGCCUGGUGGCUAUGCUGCAGGCAAUGUAUGCUCCCGUUACAGAACAGCAGUACCUUAGCUACUCCACCAAUCUCCUCCUGGAGAUGACCUCAAAAAGUCCAGACUACCAGCGGCAAAUAUUUGAGCAUCCUCUUUCUGAAUGCAAAUUCCAGGAUUACAACGUGAAGUCGUCAUGGAGACAGAGACAUGUAGCCAUGACGCCACUUUUUGCCAACACCUUGGCAACCCAAGCAAUGGACUCUGACAGUCCCCCAUCUGACAGUUUGGACGGUCAGAUACAGGCUACAGCCGAUGUCCAGCAGUUCACAGCCACUCAGGACGGGUCGAGAGCCCCAUUUAACUGGUUGACUCAGAGCAGCUUGGACACAUUCACUGACUAUGGAACGGUAGGCUCAGAGCCCCAGAGUGCUCUACUCUUCACUGUAGGCUCCAUGGAGGCCUCGGCCAGGAUUGGGCGCCCCAGGAUGCGGCCUAAACCCUCAGGAUUCGGACAGCCACGUCCAGGGCCCAGUAAGGUCAAGACAGAGGAGAAAGCUGGGCCAUCAGAAUCAGAUGAAGGGAAUGAGAUGUUCAGGCUGAAGAGAAGGUUUCUAAGAGAUGAGGAAGCCAGCAGGAUCUUCUUUGCCAGGAGGACCGUCCGUGUACAGCAGAUGAGACAGGUAGCCCUGCAGGAACAGAAGACUCGUCGCGAGAACCAGGUGACAAUGUACAGGAAGUACCGUAUUGGGGACCUGCCAGACAUACAGAUAAAGUAUUCCUACAUCAUCGCUCCUCUCCAGGCCGUGGCUCAUCGAGACAGUACUAUAGCCAAGAUCCUAUUCAGUGAGCUAUUCAAGGCUAUAUACGACCAGAUGGAUCAGGUGAAGGUUGAACGGGAGAUAGAACCGAUCGUGGAACAGAUCAAGGACAGUCUGAGCACUGUGCUGUCUCAGUCUGUACAGUACCACCCUCCCUUCAUUGGCUGUAUGUUGGAUAUUGUGUACCAGCUGAGGAGCCAGCUCUCUGUAGAUGUGACAAGUGUGGGUUCAAGUGCCACCUUCAGUAACUUACAGCCCUUAGGUAUUGUAGUAUUAGAGGAGCAGCUUAUCAUCCACAAUCCAGAGGAAGGGAGACCGUCAAAGAGAGGAAGGACGGACACUCUGACCAUCUCUAAAGAAGUCCCUACUUGGAUAGAGCUGGCAAGGUUAUACAAGUCUGUGGAUGAGUAUGAUGUACUGCUCGGAAUAUUUACGGGGAAGAUCGGAACUCAGGAUAUUACCCAGAAGGCAGUGUCCUUUGAGGCAAGGGGAGACUACUACCAAGCCAAGAAAUUAUAUGAUGAGGCACUGGGUUAUUCUGACUCCGACUGGCCAGACGGGAAUCCUGAGAUGGCUGAAGUAGACCUGUGGGAUGACUGUAGGAUGGAGUGUUUAGAUAACUUGACCAAUUGGAAUGAGCUGGACACAGUGUCCACAUCAGGAAUUGAAGAUGGUAACCUGUCGUCUGUAUGGGACGACACCUUUUACCAGGAGCACUACCUGCCUUUCAUCAUGCGUAGUAAGGUGAAACUGGUUCUCCAGGGAGACCAUCAUCAGCAAUCGCUCAUCAGUUUUGUGGACGAGGCCAUGAAGAUCCCUGAACACAAGUCUUUACUAGAGGUAAUAAGCUGCUACUCUUACGCUGGUCUUUCCGAGUCGUCUAACGACAGUCCUCAGGAGGGCUUGCCCUCAGAGGAGGACUUCCAGGAUGAGGGAGACCCUGAGGCUGCUGAGGUAGUCCUGGGUAUGCUGGGUUGCAGCUCAGUGUUGGUUAGGGCUGACGUUUCCCGGAUUCUUGGGGAGGAGCAAUGUAAGAGUAGUGGAAGUGUUGGACUGUGGGUAAAGUGGGGCCAUCUGUAUACCAGUACACACCACAAGAGGGCACAGAGUGUCCAGUCCAGCUGGACCGAUGACACCUUCACCAGCAUCACCUCCACCGUGGAUCUGCUUGGUAAAAACAGUACGAGUGAUACCCUGGAGGAGACCCCAGCCUUUGGUCGCCACCAUUUUGUGUUGUUGGGACAGACACAUGAGCUGUUGGUAGAUGGUAUACGAUCAGUCAGUGGCUUGGGUUGUCUUGGUGACAGGAACAGACAGAGACUGAUGGAUAUUACAGGGGUUAGCAAGAUAGACGAGACAGAGCUGAUAGAGAGUCUUGUUAAGCGAGGCUUUGAGAACAUGAAGAAGUCGCUACACUACGAAGAUGACAGGAAUUCCAAACAGACUGGCUAUACCAGAGAUAUGGCGUUCAUGGCAGUCGCCAAGUUCUGUGACAGGAUCCUUAGGAUGGUGGAGGAUGAUGAACUGGAGCUGAGUAAGGCUACAAUCAAGACAUUCCCGGAUACUGUGGUCGUGUGUCUGCUCAACGCCAUGCGAUUUGACUCUAUGGAGGCCAAACAGAGGUUUCCUCGUCUUCUUCAGCUGGUGGAGCAUUACCCCGACUGUAUGGGCACAUUUGUAGACAAGUGUGAGGAGGUGCCCUGUUGGAUGUACCUCCUGUGGAUCAGUCAGAUGAUGGCCCUGAUGGACAAGCCUGAGGCUCCUGCUGUUCAACCUGUGCUACUAAAAAUUGCAACAAUGUACCCUCAGGCCGUUGUUUAUCACUUCAAGCUCAGUCAGGAAGGCUUCCAGUUUGGGGACAAGCCUCAUGAUAAGAAGAAUAAGGCCAUGGUGGAGAGACUAGCCAACCUGCUGAAUGAAGAGAAUGUCCCGUUGGUAUCCAAAUUCAUCUGUGCCUUGGAACAAUUUGGACAGCCAGACCAAAUAUUCAAGGACUGGGGUAAUGAUAUGUUACGGAUGCUAAAGAAGAAGAAACAGGACAAAGUGAAAAUCAAGGAACUGUACCAGGAAAUGUAUCGACAGCUGCUGGAGCCCUCGCAGGGUACGCUGUCCAGUCAGCAAGAUGAUGUCUUUUCUACACAGACCAGCUCACAGUCCAUCAUAGAGAUGGGACAGUACCUAAGGAAAUUCUCAGCUAGAUUCAAAAAGGACAUUGAUAAAUAUUUUGGUGAAGAUGGCAGAAAGCUUGUUGGAAUGAAGCUGAAGGACUUCUUUGGGAUAUUCCGUAAGCUUGGUGAGGAUAUGGACCAUGAGGUGAGGGGGAUACCUAAGAACCCAAGACUGAUCCCUCCAGCCUCACUCAAGGAGUACUGUAAGUGGAUGGUGGACUUUAACCCCAACACAGAGGGCAACAACUUGGAGAUUCCAGGACAGUAUACCGGUCUGACAAAGCCUCUUCCUGAGUACCAUGUCAAGAUUGCUGGCUUUGACCAAAGGGUUCUGGUGAUGUCAUCCAUGAGGAAGCCAAAGCGUGUAGUUAUUCGUGGUAAUGACGAGAAGGAAUACCCAUAUCUUGUGAAGGGAGGUGAAGAUUUGCGGCAGGACCAGCGCAUAGAACAGCUCUUCUUCCUGAUGAACCAGGUGUUUGAACGGGAUCCCGCCUGUAGACAGCGUAAACUUAACCUCAGGACUUACCAAGUCAUCCCUAUGACUCCAAAAGUCGGCCUGAUUGAGUGGGUCAGUGACACCAUGACCAUGAAGGAUUUCCUCAAUUCCAGUCUCACAGAUCAGGAGCGCAACUUUGUACACCACAAAACGUAAGUAUAUUUACUUCAUGAAUAGCCAAAAGGCCAAAGUUCACGAUAUUUGGCCAAUAGCAUGUUGGGGUGAAGGUGGUCCAACAAAGUUUGUUGGAAUGAAUGUCCUUGACUAUUUCCAUGGUAACAAGAGUCAAAUGUAAAAAAAAUAAGAAAAAAAAAAGUGUUAAUUAUAUAAAGAAGGCAGAUUCUUAAGUAGCAUAUUGAGAUGAAUGUCUAAUAAGUUUGUUCAAAUGGAUAGCCUUGUAAAUGAUCAAAGUCACAGGGGUCAAAUGCAUUAAAACCUUUAAACAAUUACUAGACCAAGGGGUCUAGUCAUGUUUUGCCAAUAACAUGCUAGGAUGGAAGGCUAUCACGUUUGUUUAAAUGAAUAAUCUUGAUCCACAUUCGUCCAAUUUGAAGGUUACAGGAGCCAAAUGUGUUAAAGCAAAACGCUUAGGGUCAUAUUUGGCUAGUAGCAUGCUGGAAUGAAAGUACAUAAAGUUAUUCAAAUGAAUGAACUUGACCCACUUUUAAAGAUCACAGGGGUCAAAUGUGUUUAAACAUUGAAAUAAUAUCUGAGUAACCGAGAGGCCAAGAGGUCUCAAUUGAUGGAAAGAAUGAUACAUAAAAAACACAUUGAUAUUUGGAAGCAUUUGGGUGACUCAGAAUCAAAACAAGGAAACCACAUGGGAUAUUU